AUGGAGGGGAAGGGGAAACAAAUCUGCAACGAAGGAAGCCUGAAGUUCCUAAAAGUAUACUCCAGCAUCCUGUUUAAGUACACAGAGGAGGAAAAGGACAAUAAGUCUACAGAAGUGCUGCUACUGUCGGAAAAAAUAGAAAGCGAAAGGAAAUUAAUAAAGAUAAGCACAGAAAUCAUUUUAAUUAUCCUAUUCUUCAUCCUGAUUUAUACAUCCAACGAUUUGGGGAAAAUAAAAAAUUUGGAAAAUCACAUUCAUAACAACAUAAACGAGUCGAAGGCAUUUUCUGAAAAUUUUUACAAAUCUAUCAGUGACGAGAUAAAGAAGGCGAACAAGGAUUUCUCGUACGAACCAAGAAGGAAAGACUACAUAGUAUUUAAAAAUUUGCGGUCGAAAUUUGACCUUUCCUCAUGGGUAAAAAAUGCAUUAACGGAAAGGGUAUCCCAAGACAACUUCCUAAAUAGUAACGUCUUAUUUGGAAAAUGCUGGAGAGUAACAAUGAGAUUAUACAAGAAGGAUAAUUCUAUGAUGGAAAAUAUUUACAUGUACAGGAAAUUAUUUGGAGUUUACCCUGACAGUUCAUUUUCGGAGGGGUUGGAAGAUACCCGAAAUGUUAAUUCUUCCUAUUUUGACACAAAGUGGAGCUACCUAUUUUCGUAUGAUAAGUCCUAUAAAAAAAUUGGAGGAUUAUACCAAGUAAUAUGUGAAAAAGAUUUUAGCAAAAUUGAAGAACGUCUCUCUCAGGGUACUUCCUACGCCACUGAUUACCCUUAUUUUAUACCAGCUCUUAUGCUAACUAAUUAUAACAUAGCCUCUGUCGCGAUCGAUUUUUUACUGUUCAACCCGUUGCUCAAUGUACUUUCCUAUAACGUUUUAAAGUUUUCCUUUUUGCCAAAUGCGAAAACGUACAAAGAGGUUGUGACGCAGUCCGCUUCGUAUAACCGGUUUGAUGUCUACUUCAUUGUUGCCUUGGCUGUUUUUAUGGGGACCUUCAUUUUGUAUGUUAUUACUCAUCUUCGGAAACUCUCCAUGGUUGGCUUCAGGCUGUAUGUGAUGUCCUACUGCACUUCGUUUCUCCUUACUGCUUGCUUCUCGGCGAACCUCCUAACUUUCUUCCUCUUUGUCCUCUCCCGGACGCUGCUCCCCAAACUCCUCGUGGGGUAUGAACAUGGCAAAUACAAAGUGGACUCCAUGCGCUACCAAAGCAGCGAAGAUGGAAUUAUCGAACUUUUGCACGACAUGGGCAUAACCCUCUCACGCAUAGAGUUAGCGAAGAACAUUUUCGUCUCGAACACCAUCAUAACGUUCGAGGUGUGCUUCUUCGUGUGUGUAAAGCGGUAUGGCCUGUUGAUACAAAAAUACAGAAAUGUGGAGCAUAACAUAAGGAGGGAUUUUCUACUUCCCUUUUUUAUCAUCCUGGGCAUCAUAUUUGGAUGCUUAGGAAUUUUUUCCGUCUUCAGUUACACCCUCUUUCGUAUUGAAGAAAAUGUCAGCUCCAGUAUUGUGCGGACGUUCAUUUUCAAUGUGUGUAUUAUAUUUGCAAAUUUUCAAGGCGUUAACAUAUCCUCCAUCCUAAAUGAAGAGAACAUUUUGCCCUAUUUGUAUUCCAUUCCCACUCACUUUUUUAUCGUCACGGUGAGUUUCGCCUUUAUCUUUUUUCUGGCCAUUAAGUCCUUCAUCAAAAGGAACAGAAAAGUGUACAACGCGUUUAUGCAUCAGUAUGGCCAUAAAUUGCUAAAGUGUAGGACUAGUGAGAAGGCGGACCCGAAGGGGAGAAGCGGUCAGUUAGGUGCCGCGGAAACGGAUGGUAUUCCCCUCAAAAAAAAUAGGGCACAAAGGGAGCACCCAAAUGGAGAACCCCCCAAUGGAGACCCCCCAAAUGACAACGGCACAUUCGAAAUAACCGCCUAUUCGGAGGGAGAAGCAGAGUUGGAAGAAGAGGGGGGCCACGACGCGGAGGACACGCGCAACUCAAUUGAGCACCCACGCGAUGGUGUGCAAGAAUGUGAUAAGCAAGCUUCAACCACUGAUGACAGCAGCACAUACUCGUCGCACGAUUCGAAUGAAUACGAAGUAGACCCAGACAAUUAUGGCACCAAUAGGGGGUUAAAUUACAACGACGUGAUGAGCAUAACGAAAGGGUUAAGCAAAGAUAAAGUGGAGUGCACCAAGAAGAGGACCACAAAAAAGAAGGCCUUUUUUACUAUAGAAAAAAUGCUAGACCUAUUUCUGAACCUACAAAACAGCACCGUGUUGCCCUUCUCCAAUAGGGAAAAAAAACGCAUUUCGAAGGAGUACACUACGAAGAAAAAGAGGAAUGACGGCGUUGUGGUUUCCCUCUCUGUGUACACCUCCUUCCUGAUAUUCAUCAUGCUGUUUCUUAUUAAUGAUUACAAGAAGGGGAGAGAAAGCGAAAAACUAUUGCAUUAUCAGAUGGAAAAUAUUGGCUACCACCCCCCUAAUGCGCACUUCUCAAAUUUGACAUUUCGCUAUUUAAAAAAUAAUGUGAAUGUAAAUAUUAGGGAAACCUUUAACUUCCAAAAGGUGGAGAAUAGGGAAGACCUAAUUCUGUGGCUAAAAACUUGUUUCGUUUCAUUUAUGGACAACAGUUCAAACGCCAUGGGGGGAGGUGCCAAUCAUUACAGCAGUACCUUCCAAUGGAAAGACAUUUUUAGCGUGAAGCAUGAACGGGUAAAAAUAAACAUUCUUUCAAGAGAGACAAUACAGUCACCCAGCAGUAGUCUCAUAUGCAACUACAAGAGGCAAAACUGCUAUAUGGACGUACGGAAUGAAUCACAAGCUUUGCAGAGAGGACUAAACGAAAUAGCACUACUAAUUAAUGACGCAACGGAGAAAGUGGAAAUAGCUUUUAUUUUGUUUGACAGGAAUGACUACCACAAUGUGUUGGUGAAUUUACUUUUCGUCUUCAAUCCUAGUGGGUACAUAGCCAAAAAAAUAUAUUUUGAUCACUUAUUUUUUAAUUCCUUCAACAUUUUUCAUUUCAGAGGGGCAGUAAUUAAUAUCCUCUUCCUGACCAUCCUGUUUUGCUCCUUUAUGAGCAUGUACUUGUAUCUGUUCAAGAAUUUUUCCUACUUUUACAACGCGUGUGUUGCGGUCGUUGUGCGGCAUGGCAGGGAUGGCUAUCAGAGGGGCAGUUGGCAGAGGGACGGCUAUCAGAGGGGUGGCUAUCAGAGGGACGGCUGCCAGGAGGGCCAACUCAAUGCCCAUCCAGGUGAACAGUUAGGGACUGCUGACAAUGCGAAUGGUUACAUCUAUGGGAGUUACUCUCCUUGGGGAUACAACGUCGACGGUUAUGCGGGGGAGUACAACUGGAACGGAUAUACGAAUUAUCCUGCAGUAGGGGAUGCAAAUUGGGGGGCAUACGGGAAUAACCCCGCCGUGGGGGAUGCAAAUUGGGGGGCAUACGGGAAUAACCCCGCCGUGGGGGAUGCAAAUUGGGGGGCAUACGGGAAUAACGCCACCGUGGGGGAUGCGAAUUACGGGUACUACGCUACGGCUAACAUGCCGGAGGGCGCGCCUAACUACGGUUUGGGCCAAGGCCACGGGAACAACCCCCCGAAUAGGAAGACCGGCAAGACACACCAAAUCGGCGCAUUGCUCAAAUUCAAAGUUUAUCUGACGUACCUCUUCGAAUCGAAUGUUUUAAAUUUACUAAUUCUGCUAUCAUCCUUUUCCAUGGUCGCGCUGUGGCUUACUGUGUGCAUAUACAUCAACAAGAUAGAGUAUAGUGCAGAUAACUCAGGGAGCUAUUUUGAUGUAUACAUAAAAUUGUUUUCCUUUUUCUCCAAAUUUGUGAAUAUCUUUUAUUUGUUCCUUUUUUUAGUCAUAAUAAAUAUGUUCAUUUUUUCGUCAAAUUAUGUCAAGCGCGAGAAGUUGUACGAAGCCUUAUAUGUUAACAGAAGGCAGAUUUUGAAGUGCGGUUUUUUGCUGCUACUUGUGUACCUGAAUUUUUUCCUUUUUCACUAUUUUUUUUACGGGAUAGACGGUUUCAACGACUUGUCAACGAGUCAGCAGCCCAUAUACUCCAUUUUAAUUUUGUUGGGUUUAGUUAACAUUGAUGUUUAUUUGAAAUGCAACGUUUUCUAUUUUUUAUUUUUCGUGUUGCCUCAUUUGGUGUUUAUACGCUUCCUUUUAAUGUAUUCCUUUUUGGCCCCCGUUAUGGCUAGCUAUUUAAUUUUAUUAAAAAAAGGAAAAAAAAAAAAAAAAAAAAAAAAAAUAGCUAGCCAGAAAAGCGAAGAUUAUUCCUCUUUCACCUUAACUCAUCUGAGCAACGAGCAGUGGAAGUACUUAAAUGAAGACAUAAAAGAAUUUGCGGCAAACGAAACUAACAGCAUACUGCACUAUUUUGAAAAUGUUAAAAACCAGAUAAGGAGUAAGGAAGACGUAUCCAAAACGCUGCAGAACGAGUGUAAAGGUUUAAAGGAAAGGGUGCACGAGCUGCAGCUGGAUUUGCGCAAAAUAGAGUUGCAGUGGAAGUUCCGCAGCAAGCUCUUGAGUUCGUCAAAGGCCAACCUGGACAAAAUAAACAACCAAAUAAGCAUGAGCGAGGAAAUGAUUGUGGAGGAUAAGAACAGGAUGUCUUCGCUCAAGCAGUACGCGCAGCAGGUGAAGUUGGACGAAUAG